AUGCGCUCUUUGUGUCUCCUCCAUCCUGCGCAUGCGCUCUCUGUCUCUCUGCCACCUUGCGCGUCCCGCUGGUCUCCCUCCGCCCCCGAGAGCGGGACGCCGUUCUGAGGGCGAUGUACGACCGGGCCCCUCGGGCGCUCAGCUGGGCCGAGCGCCGCGGCACCGAGGCCCACGUGGGUCCCGGAGCCUACCAGGUGCUUUUUCCCAAGGAGCGCGGGACAGGCGGCUAUGCUCCGUUUCUUUCGUUGGCCAUCCGAGAAAGUGGCUUCGCGCUCCGUCACCCUGAGGAUGUUUCUCCGGGACCGGGUCACUAUGACAUUCCAGAAGCGCAGAACAAAAUUAAAGGCUGCGUGAGUCUGCAGAACAGAGAGAUGCGUUUUAAGACGCUGACGUCGAUCAUCCCCGGGCCCGGCAGUUACCAUCAGCCUUCCCGGGCGACCCUGGAGAUUGUGAGAAAGAAACCGAAAGAGGCUCCGCAGCAUUUUCAGUCGAAAGCGUCCAAAAACCAGAAACUUUGCCCAAAGGUAGAUGUUCCAUCUAUUCCUUCACCCGGACAGUCUUUUGGAUAUCAAGUAAAUGAAGAUGGCACCAUCUUAAGACAGUCCCCACCACCCAGCGAUAAAACGCUGGGUCCUGCAUACUACAAACCCCUGUUGGAUGGUCCUUACUCUACCAGGAAAUACAGAGGUGUCUAUUUCGGCCAUCUGACGGGAAGGCGCGAUGCGAUUCAGAGAGAAGGUCCGGGGCCGGGGGACUACGACCUAAUGCAGGAAGGUACGGUACAUUACGAGAACGUCAACAUCAAGAAGGAAGAGAAGACGAAAGGUGGCCCUUUCCUGCCCCGGUAUUAUGAAGUAAUAGCCCUGCAAGAAGAAAAGAAGGGAGUCCCGGGACCUGGGAAAUACGACAUUAAAAGCCAGUUUCAGAAGACGGAGAGCGUGACGCCGAAAGGCACCGAAACCCUCCAUCCUCCUUUCCUUUCGCAAGCCAAAAGAUUUGUACCUGUGAAAUCAAUCACCCCCGCGCCUGGCACGUAUAAUGAACCUCGCACCGCCCUGAAGUCCUUGAAGAAAACAUCGGGACUCAACCUGACCCCCUUCGGUCGAACGGCACUGCGAUUCCCAGAGGGCUCCGGCCUGGAGAAAUCACCAGGUCCCGCACACUACGAUAUUUUCCACGACGGGAAUACCGGUGACGGGUGGAGAAAGGCAGGCUGGGAGAAAGCAAGGAAAGGCGCAUUCGGAUCCUCCGUUCCCCGCGUUUUCCACCGUAGUAAGAAAGAAGCGUUUAAUUCUCCCGGACCAGCUGAUUAUCAGAUGGUGGAUCUCCCUAAGGAACCCCCCAAAUCAAAAAAGCCAGCUCCUGUGUUCUUGUCAAAAACAGAAAAGAAGAUUCCAGUGGCCAUCCAGCCCGCUCCAGCACCGGGAAGCUACGAAGUUCAGAAAUCAUUUGAGAAAUCGCACGGAAAACCCGUCUUCAUGCCGCCUCGAACGUCUGUGGCCAGAAGAAAACACGCAUCCUUCCUCAGUGGCUCUCCUCGUUAUACGGCGUGUAAGCCGGGCGGCCCAGGACCGGGAACCUACAAUCCUGUGAUGAAGACAGCUUCCAACUUUCCCCCGUUCGGUAACAGAGGCGACCGUUUUAAGGAGCAGAAAGAGACUACACCUGGCCCUGGGGCAUAUGAGCUCAGCCCGGUUUUUAGAGACACAGUCCUGAAGGGAACUUUUAAUGCCACCUUGCCUAAUCCUCUGUUGAAUCCAGUGGAAAACCCACCAACCAGACCUGACCCAUUGGGAGACAAACUUGGGAUAACGAAAUGACUUAUUCCAAUAUUAGUAUCCAGUAAUAGAGCCAGCGGAAAGUUCCUUUCACAAAGAAAAGCCUCCAUUUCGAUGAUCUCCAAGAACCACUCAAAGAAACAUAAUUGCUCUGCUAACCUCAGGAGAUAGAAAACCUUUCCUUACAAAACAUCGUACUUCAUUCAUCUUUCCUUUCUGCUUUCGCUCUGUUCCAGAGGAAGCAUAGAUCCAUCCGCUUCAAUCUCCCUUAACAUACAUUACUUGUGGUUUCUCUUUCCAGAGUACAAAGCUGCAUAAAAAUAUGUAACGAAAAGGC